AUGGCAGCUGGCCAGCGUCUCCGCCGGAGCCUUGCUGAGGUCCAGGUAAAAACGGAGUCGACAUAUCGGUCCAUCCGCCAGCCAGGGAACCAUCAUGAGAUCCGGUUAGCACUGAGACUCAUCAGCGGCAAUCUCCAUAGUCUUUCUCUCCUGUCCGAAGAUUUUGCAGGAACGGAUGACGAUGCAACAUCGGCAUGUCCCAAUUACACUCUUUUCGAAGCGUUGUCCGAUACUCUUGACGACCUGAAUUCGGUUCGGUCGGGCGCCUCUGGAUCAUCGGAACCAGGAAGCGAACCAAUUCCAAGACCCGAACUCACGUCCGAGUUUCUUCAGAUCCAAGCCCAGCUCACUUCUGCAGUUCGUGCCAGUUCUUGGGAGGCCCUGCUCGUUAUUUUGGCAAGGACCAAACCCCAGACGCAUAGACUCGGCCCCGCGAACGGCUUGACACUUGAAACCCCAGAAACUACUCCCGAUGAAUGCCUGAGUCUGUUGUUGAGCACCAAAUUUGGCUAUAAGUUAGACGACUGCUACUCCCACUUGAUUAACGUCGCAAAGAGGGACGUUACACACCCCGAGUACGCUGCAUGCGCGAAGCUUCUGCCCGACGUAGCCCGGUCCCACCACCAUUCCAUUGAGAAAAAGCUCAGACUUCUUUUCUACCCGAGAAAGUCUGCGAACUUCUUGCAAUGGCUAUUGGAGUAUGCUCGACAAGAAUGGCCGGGUCAUUUCAACCCCAAGGCAGGCGCUCUUUCCAUGUCGCCACUACUUCGGUUGAUGUCGACAGUCUCGGAUGCAUCGGUCAGCACUCUUCACAUCGCUGCUGCUCUGCACCUGCCUCAACUGUGCAAGGAUUUGAUACUGUUGGAAAAGCAAGACGUGAACCAACAGGGUUCUCUGGGAACGCCUCUCUACUGCGCUCUGCUCGGCCCAACUUCACUCUUCGCUCGUUCCGAUGAUCCGGCUCAGCUGCUAGCUGACCGUUGCCCAAGCAGCUGCGAAGAACCUACAAUUAACGUUCUUCUAGAUGCUGGUGCUUCGUGCACGGUGACAUCAGCUGGGCCCAAGCACGAUGAAGAAUUCUCGCUGGCAACUCUGGCAUUCCUAACGUGCCAGUCGAUAAAUGCCCCAGAGGCUAUGAUGCGCAUCCUUCGGUCAAGCGUGAGUCUAGACAAGCGGUUUGUUCAGCUAUUUCAUGGAAAGGAUUCCCUUUUGCAGUACUGGCCGUCGCCACUGCCUCCGCCGACACGCUCGUUUCUGGCGCCUGUCUUGCCAGAGAUUCUCGACCGGGCAGUUCCUCAGUAUGACAGCUAUAAUGAUACAUCGUUGUUGGCAACUGGCAUUUACAAUGUCCUCGACUGUUUUGAUCUCGCUGGUUGUUCUUCGGGUCGGGGGUCUUGGCCCCUUGGCGUAUCAGACAUGAUAUACGCAGACCUAGUGCGGGAAGCAAUCCAGGACUCUGAGAUUGCAGUCAUCCGAAGGCUCAUUCUUGACCCUCGGUGGGAUCCCAACGCAUCAAUGGAACACCCCUCCAGAAGGACUUUAAUCUCAUCUUCGGACAGCGAUGCCACAUCGCCAAAACCCCGGAGAACCUAUACCAUCCUUCAUUACGCGGUCGAGGCUGACGAAGCAGACCUGGUAUCCCUCAUUUUGGACUCGGGAGAAGAUGUUGACGUUCAUGUCCGUAACCAGCACGAACAAACGCCCCUAAUGUUGUCUGAGUCACCCGAAGUCCUUGAGCUUCUCCUCAACCAUGGAGCAAGAACUACAGACACCGAUGAGGAUGGCCGCAACAUCUGGCAUUUCGCAGCUGCGAAUUCUGACAUUGACCUGAUUGAUGUUCUUCACAAACAUGACGAGCACAAGGAUCAAAAUCUGAAGGGACUGAUGAAGAACGGUCAAGCCCCUAUUGCUCAGGCCGUCAUCUAUCCACUCAAGCUGAUGAAAAGGCAACGCAACUCCAACCUUAAAGACCCUGUGGGGGCGCUUCACAUGCUCGGAGUUUGUGCACCAAACAUCGCUUAUCUUCAAAGCCCAACUCCUCUCUUAUUCCUUGCCGUGGAAUGGGGCUCUGAUGAGUUGGUUCGCAAAUUGAUUGAUUUUGGUUCUAAUCCGUUCGAAGUGGACAACGAAGGCCGGAACGUCCUGCAUUAUCUUAAUGCUGGUGCCAGAGAACCUCUGGUCAAGACGCUCUUGGAUCUGCAAGCCGUACCCAUCUUGACGAAUGAGGGCCUGUCGCCCGCAGAAACGAUCUUUUCAGCUUUCAAUGACCCGGAAUUCUGCGACCGUGACUCAGAUCAACCGUUCAACCACCUAGCUAAUUCCCGGCCGCUCGAUGUUGCCGCGUACACCCAUCUUCUGACUGAUAACGUUCUCAACUCCCGUAAUAAUGAAGGUGCUGGGCUCUGGGAGCGUUUUGCUAUUCGAGUCCUGGGUACAUGGGCCUCCAAGUGGCCGUCAGAAUCCAACGCCUGGGUAUCUUUGCAAAACGCUGUCCAAUGCCUGAUUAAGAAGAAAGCUUUGGUCAAGUAUGAAGAAGAGACAGACGAAUGCGGCCUUAUCCCAGUUCUCUCUGGCUGGAUGAAAAAGAAUAUGAAUUAUGAGAGGCAUCCCAGGUACUUGGAGGAGAUUCUCUCCUCCAUUCUGCAAGCAUCAACCAAAGCUGAGAGCUUCAAGGAAUCUUCGGCCGCAGUGCAAUGUCUAAAGCUGGCCGUGCAACAGGAGCACGCAGAAUUUGUUGCAAAGUUGCUUGACUUGGGCGUUUCAGUACAUGCGCGGUGCGAGAACGUCUCCGCACUUGAGGCAGCAUGUAUGCCACACUCGACGUGUCAACCAUCCAUAUUCGACAAGCUUGUUGAGCACGCAGACUCCAGCAAACUGAACGAAGUUAACAAUUUUGGGAUCGGGUUGCUCUACAGACUACUCGACCAUAGGGUCUCUCACCAUAAACACAAGCUAUCUGCUGUUGUACGCAAAGGAUGUGAUCCCAACACGAAGACUCCUAACGGCGUGCCUAUGGUCGUGGCUUACAUCGAGGAGCGUCAAACGGAAGCUUCUCUGAUCCUACUCGAAGCGGGUGCAGACCCCGCGGCGUCAUCAAAGAGCGGGUUAGACGCAGCACUUGCUGCAGCCUCGCGAGGCGACUUGCUCGUUCUGAACAGGAUCAAGUCAAUCAGCAACAGCUUCGACUGGAGCAAAUCUUGCUUCCAUGAUUUCUGCCGGGUGGACAUGGCCGGCGACCCGGGAAUCACGACGAAAGAAGGCUGUAACGCGCUUCACCUAGCCGCCUCUAAUGGCCAUGCUGAAGUUCUCCGAUUCUACCUUCAAGUCUUAGACCUCGACGUCGAGUCACAAACAGCCGAUGGCUGGCGGCCUAUACAUUUUGCUGCCGCCUACCACGCUGGCGACGGGUCUUGUGUUCGGGUUCUCCUGGAGCAUGGAGCAGACCCAACAGCAACCUUACCAUCCCGGAAGCACUGGAAUCCUCUGACCCUCGCAUUAGUUGCUGGGUGUGGAACUGUGCGGCCUCUUCUCGAACUUGGUCCGGAAGUUGUCAAUCGUAUGAAUCUCCCAACUGCCUUUGUGGCGGCUCUCCAAAGUGGCAACAAAGAACUAAUCGAGCUGUUCCGGCCUUUUGUCAACGAAAUGGUGAUAACACCAGAUGGUAGAAAAGCAAACACCAGUGUAGUUGGUGCCGUACUGGAACUCUGUAUCGAAGAAGGCAACGCUGAGUUGGCUACAAGAGCUCUCAAGAUGGUUGAGCCAGAGACUGUAAACUCGAUCCGGAUGAGCUGCGGCAAGUGCUCACCCAUCGUCCUCGCUGCAGCCCGUGGCCAAUUUACACUUGGCGAACUCUUUUUGGACUAUGGCAUGACGAACUGGAAUCUUGUUGAUCGCUGUUUGCGUCACUUCACCAUUUCUCCAGACUUGCUUUAUCCUUGUUCGGCUUUACAUAUAGCGCUCAUGCGGCCCAGCCAUCUUCCUAGCCCAGAUAUGGAAGGGUUCAUCGUGUCGCUCCUCGGUGCGAUAGACUGGACCCGCCACGAGUUAAGUCCCUUACAUUGUGCUGCUGUCAGCGGCGUGCCGGAUAGGAUCCGUCUUAUUGCCGAUUGGAUCAGAAGGUCUCCUGAACAUCACUCGAGGCUUCUACAUGGUAUCCAGCUAUGGCCAUUGUCAACUGCGAAUGAAAACGCAGGAGCAUGCGAUUUCUCUUCGAGCUUUCCCGAAAACAGCAUAUCUGCUGCAUCAGAAACUACAGUCAACGCCAUUCUCAGACACUAUGUCAACCAAUACGUUGCCUCGCCCGAUUUGCGGCCCAUGUUCCAUCUCGGCAGGACCCCACUGCUGAUGUCGAUGGAGGAGACUAGCUCUGGAACGGCGGUCAACGUGGAGAUGGUGGAAGUUCUCCUAGAACUCGGCGCGGAUGUCAACAAGACUGACCUAGAGGUCUUGGAUACCCCUCUCCAUGAGGCCGCAAGAGCCAACUUCUUGGACGGCGCUAGGCUUCUCUUGAGUCGCGGGGCGAACCCCAACCUCCGGAACUCAAGAUCUUUCACUCCCCUGACCUUGGCGGUCGAACAAGGCCACCUGGAGAUGGCAGGGCUGCUGGUGGAGCACGGGGCAGACAUCCACGUUUGUGAUGCUGAUGGUAUGAGCUUGCUCAAUACCUGCGGCGAAGAGUCCAAGUACCCUGAGAUGUUUAUUUGGCUCCUGAACCUGGGUCUAGAUCCGUAUAAGCUUGACAAGGCAGGAUACACGCCAAUUCACGACAUCAUUCUCAAUGAUGCGUUCCCAAACCUAGCUUUCAACUACGGGUUCGACUUUUCUAGGAUCCGGGACAUACGGAAGGGAUUCCUGUCCCUCGUCAUUGAGUUCAACAACAGAAAGGCCAACAGCAUUCUGUUAAGGCUGUUCAAGCGUCUUCCUUGGGAGAAUGCUGUAGAACUGGCCAACUCGACACCAAAAGCGUUCGUCAGUCCACUCUGCAACGCCGUGAUUCGGGAGGAGCUGGACUGCAUCCCAACACUGAUCCAACAUGGCGCAGAUAUUGAUGCUGAAGGUUCGGCAGAGGGCUCGGCGCUCAUGGUUGCUUGUGCCAAGCGCAAUUUGGAAGCCGUAAAAGCACUCUUACGAUACGGCGCCAGCAUCUCAUAUCAAACGACAAUCGACGGUGCGCCUGUUUUUAGGAGUGCCCUCGAGUAUGCCAAGCCGUUCCCGUGUAUCGUGCGUUGGCUUCUUUUGGAUCGAUACACUCGUCUGCGGAGCAUUGCGAGCUCUUCUCAGAGCACCGGAGAGAUGAAGAUAAAGCCAUGGAGUGGUGGACAAGUUGUUGGAUAUAAGCUCACUGGUAUCGGCAUAAAUACUGGACGGAGAUUUGGAGAGACUGGGUUGGAGUAUCUAAGACGCCAGGACCUGAUCCGGCAGGGUUUGAGGGGUCAGACGGUUCAAGUGGUAGCAUUAGGAUGA